UGUGUGUGCUCGGCACAGGCGAGGGGGCCCGGGGAGCAGUCCGGGCUCGGCGCGCGGCGGAGCUGCGGCUGCUCCCGCUGCAGAGGGGAGCGGCGAGGCGGCCGCGCUGCGCCUUCCCGGACUUCCCAAGUGGGGGCAGAGCCGCCGCUCACGGAGCCGCCUGUUAGCAGGCGCAGGGGAAGCGGGACCUCCCAACUCCUCCUCGGCGCCUCCUCUCCACCCCCUGUUGGCCCCUGCCCUUGGAGAAAGUGGAGUGUGGCGCGCGGUCGUCGUUACUCCUUCAGACAGCUUCGCGGCGCACGGAUUCCGCUGCUGCCCGGCGGGGCUCUCCGCAGUCGGCGCUCCUCCGAGUGUGCCUCCCCGCGGCGCACCUCUGUCGACGAUGAGGAAAGGUCUGCGGGCGACAGCGGCCCGCUGCGGACUGGGGCUGGGAUACGUGCUGCAGAUGCUCGUGCUACCUGCCCUGGCCCUGCUCAGCGCCAGCGGCACCGGCUCGGCCGCUCAAGAGGACGACUUUUUUCAUGAACUCCCAGAAACCUUUCCAUCUGAUCCACCUGAGCCUCUGCCACAUUUCCUUAUUGAGCCUGAAGAAGCUUAUAUUGUGAAGAAUAAGCCUGUGAACCUGUAUUGUAAAGCCAGCCCCGCCACACAGAUCUACUUCAAGUGCAAUAGUGAAUGGGUUCAUCAGAAGGACCACAUAGUAGAUGAAAGAGUGGACGAAACCUCUGGUCUCAUUGUCCGGGAAGUAAGCAUUGAGAUUUCACGCCAGCAAGUGGAAGAACUCUUUGGGCCUGAAGAUUACUGGUGCCAGUGUGUAGCCUGGAGCUCGGCGGGUACCACCAAGAGCCGGAAGGCCUACGUGCGCAUUGCAUAUCUCCGGAAGACAUUUGAGCAGGAACCCCUGGGAAAGGAAGUAUCCUUGGAACAGGAAGUCUUGCUCCAGUGUCGACCACCAGAAGGGAUCCCAGUGGCUGAAGUGGAAUGGUUGAAAAAUGAAGACAUCAUUGAUCCUGUUGAAGAUCGGAAUUUUUAUAUUACUAUUGAUCACAACCUCAUCAUCAAGCAGGCCCGCCUCUCAGAUACUGCCAACUAUACUUGUGUGGCCAAAAACAUCGUCGCCAAGAGGAAAAGCACAACCGCAACUGUCAUAGUCUAUGUAAACGGUGGCUGGUCUACCUGGACAGAGUGGUCUGUGUGUAACAGCCGCUGUGGACGAGGGUAUCAGAAGCGCACAAGGACCUGCACCAACCCAGCCCCACUCAAUGGUGGUGCCUUCUGUGAAGGGCAGAGUGUGCAGAAAAUAGCCUGCACCACGUUAUGCCCAGUGGAUGGCAGGUGGACCUCAUGGAGCAAGUGGUCGACUUGCGGGACCGAGUGCACGCACUGGCGCAGGAGGGAGUGCACGGCGCCAGCGCCCAAGAAUGGAGGCAAGGACUGCGACGGCCUCGUCUUGCAGUCCAAGAACUGCACGGAUGGUCUGUGCAUGCAGAGUUUCAUUUAUCCUAUUUCAACUGAGCAGAGAACCCAGAAUGAAUAUGGAUUUUCUUCUGCUCCUGAUUCAGACGACGUUGCUCUGUAUGUUGGCGUUGUGAUCGCUGUGAUAGUUUGCCUGGCCAUUUCUGUAGUUGUGGCCCUCUUUGUGUAUCGGAAGAAUCACCGUGACUUUGAGUCUGAUAUUAUUGACUCUUCUGCACUCAAUGGAGGCUUUCAGCCUGUGAACAUCAAGGCAGCAAGGCAAGAUCUCCUGGCAGUACCCCCAGACCUCACGUCAGCUGCAGCCAUGUACAGAGGACCCGUUUAUGCCUUGCAUGAUGUUUCGGACAAAAUCCCAAUGACCAACUCUCCAAUUCUGGAUCCACUGCCUAACCUGAAAAUCAAAGUGUACAAUACCUCAGGUGCUGUCACACCCCAAGAUGACCUCUCUGAGUUUGCAUCAAAGCUGUCCCCUCAGAUGACCCAAUCCUUGUUGGAGAGUGAGGCCCUCAACCUGAAGAAUCAGAGUCUAGCAAGGCAGACGGACCCAUCCUGCACUGCGUUUGGCACCUUCAACUCCCUCGGCGGUCACCUUAUCAUUCCCAAUUCAGGAGUAAGCUUGCUGAUUCCCGCUGGGGCCAUUCCCCAAGGGAGAGUCUACGAAAUGUAUGUGACUGUACACAGGAAGGAAAAUAUGAGGCCGCCCAUGGAGGACACACAGGCGCUCCUGACCCCUGUGGUGAGCUGUGGGCCUCCAGGAGCUCUGCUGACCCGCCCUGUCAUCGUCACCCUGCAUCACUGCGCAGACCCCAGUACCGAGGACUGGAAGAUACAGCUCAAGAGCCAGGCAGCGCAGGGACAGUGGGAGGAUGUGGUGGUGGUCGGAGAGGAAAACUUCACCACCCCCUGCUACAUUCAGCUGGACGCAGAGGCCUGCCACCUCCUCUCCGAGAACCUUGGCACCUACGCCCUGGUUGGGCAGUCCACCACCAAAGCAGCCGCAAAGCGCCUGAAGCUGGCCGUCUUCGGGCCACUCUGCUGCUCCUCUCUGGAGUACAGCCUCCGCGUCUACUGUCUGGAUGACACCCGGGACGCCCUGAAGGAAGUCUUGCAGCUCGAAAGGCAGAUGGGAGGGCAGCUCCUAGAAGAACCUAAGGCUCUUCACUUUAAAAGCAGCACCCACAACCUGCGCCUGUCCAUUCACGAUGUCGCCCACUCCCUCUGGAAGAGCAAACUGCUGGCCAAAUAUCAGGAAAUUCCCUUCUACCAUAUCUGGAGUGGGUCUCAGAGAAACCUGCACUGCACGUUCACUCUGGAAAGAUUCAGCCUGAACACAGUGGAGCUGGUCUGCAAACUCUGCGUGCGGCAGGUGGAGGGAGAAGGGCAGGUCCUCCAGCUAAACUGCACCGUGUCCGCGGAACCGACUGGCAUCGACUUGCCUCUGCUGGACCCAGCGAGCACCGUCACCACCAUGACGGGACCCGGUGCUUUCAGCAUCCCUCCCCCCAUCCGGCAGAAGCUCUGCAGCAGCCUGGACGCCCCGCAGACGAGGGGUCACGACUGGAGGAUGCUGGCCCAUAAGCUAAACCUGGGCAGGUACUUGAAUUACUUUGCCACCAAAUCAAGUCCAACUGGCGUCAUCCUGGAUCUUUGGGAAGCACAGAACUUCCCAGAUGGAAACCUGAGCGUGCUGGCAGCUGUCUUGGAGGAAAUGGGAAGACAUGAAACAGUAGUGUCGUUAGCAGCAGAAGGGCAGUAUUGACCCAGGCUGGGGCUGAAAGUGGAGGAGGAGAGUCACAGGGAGUCUGUGGACGUCCAGGGGCUCAGAGCUGAGGAGGAAACGCAGUCUAGACCAGUGAGCUCCACAGGCAAGACUGCAGCGGGAGAGAGAAGGAAGACAGACACAACUACCAAUAUACAUGCCCACUCUACUCGGACAUCGUCACAGGAGUUAAGAACCAUUGUACAAAUGUGUAUCUUGAAUUUAGAAGUCAACCUAAUUUUCCUCUUAGUUGGGCUGUAUGCUGUGUGGUACAGGAUCUUACAGUUUCCUAGGAAACGCUUUUUAUUGCUAUCCAGAUAUAUGGAUAAACUUUCUUAACAAACCCAGUUUCUACAAACGUUGUUUACAUCAAAUUGGACAGGGAUGCAGACACUGUCCAUGGCUCGUUCUAUUUUUGUUUAAAUCAUUUGAAGUUGAAGCUGUGGACGGUUUGCUGUGUCUCUUUCAGAUUAGUAAUUUACAGAGAAAUCACAGACUUUUCCUACAAAUCAUGUGCAUCAAGUGUCUCCGAUAAUCCUCCCAUCAGUGUUCUGUUUCUAGAACUUGUAGAACCAGUGUUACUGUUUGUAUCAGGGAAGUGGAGAAUCUAAGUAUAAAAGGAGAGCGAGCUAAGACUCCCUUAUUCCUUGAGGGCACCCACUCAUGCCCUUGGGGAAUAAAGCUACAGCAUGGCAGGGAAGACAGGGAUUCAUGUUCAACCACACCAACAAGCAUUUUUUUCACAACAAACGUGUGUGCAUAAUAUGCAACUUGAAGUGGUUUUUUUUUAAAAAAGGUAUUAUUAUUAUUAUCAUCAUUACUAUUAUUGAUGAGUAAUUACAGGUAUUCUAGUAAAAGGAUUUUCUUUUAAACUUGUUUUUGUUAGCAGUACUGUUAGUAUUUAGGUAUUGACCUGACCCGGGCACCUUCUCAUAACAAGGUGGGCGUGGUCACCAGUUUAAUGAAACAGGCAUUGCUUCCUUGACCUUUUAUCUUUCUUCCAUCAUUCUGCCUGGAAAGGAGGUAAACGCUUACUGGCUUUGUCAGUCUGGUCUCUGAGCUUGCUCAGGCGGGGGCUUUGUCCUCUGAGUCUCGUCAUGAGAAGUGUUCUUCAAGUGUUCUGAUUCAGGCUUACUCAGCAUUGUGGUCACACAGCCCCACACGCCUCUCGUGGGUCCUCUGUCUACCUUGGAGGCAAUGUGGUUGAAGGAACAGCCUCUGAGCUGGAAACCAGUUCUCAUUCUGGGUUUGUCAUUGUCUAGCUGUGCUACCUUGGGAGAGUCAUUUACCCUCACUGGACCUCAGCUUCCUCACCUGUAAACGGAAGGGAUGGGACUAGAUCAGCUCAAGGUUCUAAAAUGCUCGACUUCCACUGUGAUGCCCCCAGUCUCCUUCAUCAGUAUGAAGACCACAAUGGACGCUGACCUGGAUCAUUUAAAGAUUCAACUAGUCUUUCGCCCAGGCUACAUUAUGCCUUUCAGAUAGUUCCGACUUGGAAGAUAAUUAUUCUAACCUGUAACAUAUUUGUUAUGCUUUCAAGUCUUGUCUUUGUGUCAUUGCAUCAUGCUGUUCACCCAGAGAUGGCAUCCCUUUAUUAUCACUUUCUUUCCUCUCUCGGGACCAGUUGCCUUCCUGACUAGUUGCAAAUUAUGUUCUAUUAUU